AUUUUGAAAUGCAUGGUUAUUUUUUGCUCUAACCAAAUGUAAAUGAUGAUGAAUUUGAUUUGAUUUUGUAUUGAUUUGAUUGAAAAUCAUUUGAUUUCGUAACAUCUGAGCAGCAAAAAUAAAUAAAAUAAACUUUUUGUCGUCGAAAUUUGAAAUUUUCUUUCAUUUCGUUUUUCAACGAAAAUGUUGUACAUAUUCUGGGUAAACAAUGGUCAAAUGAUGACAUUCGAUAUGAAUUUGGCUAUUGAAACUGUUGAUAAUCUAAAACGAGCAAUUUAUGAACAAUAUAAAAUACCAAUAAUAAAUCAGGUAUUAUUAAUUAGUGGUGGUGAAAGUUUAAAUUCGGAUGAUCGUGUUUGUCAAUAUUCAUCUGCUGGUACUGAUACUAGUCCAAUAUUUUUAUUUUGUAAAAAUUAUGAAUUAUUAAUGGAUCAAUUUGAUCAACAACAACAACAUAAUGAUAAUAAUGAUGAUAUGAAAGAUCGUGUACAAUCUUGUUUACAAAUGGAACCAAAUUUUAAUACAGUUGUUUCAAGAAAUGAAAUGGCAAUACAAUUAUAUGAAAAUGAUAGUCAAAUUUAUCAUCGUUGUAAACAAUUAGUACAUGAUCAACAUUUACAACAACAAAGUUGGGCAUCGGUUGUUGCAAAUCUUGAAGAUUUAGUUCAAUCAUUUGAAAAUAAAUCAAGAAAAGUUGAAUUACUUUAUCAGGAUAUUCUUAGAAAUAAAUCGGCAUAUCUAAAAUUGUUGGAAAAUUUCAAAACGGAUAAAGAAUUACUUGGAAAAAUUCCAAUACUAAAUUCGCUGAUAUCAAUGAAAACAAUGGAUGAUUCUUCGCAUUCAACAAAUUAUCAAUUAUCAUUACUUGAUUGGAUACAACAAAAAGAUAAUCAUAAUAUUUUGGAUGAAUUAUUCUGUAUGGAAGAAUUGAAUGAUUAUAAUGAUGAAAAAUUAGAAAAUUUACGUACAGAUAUUAGUAAUGUUCUUGGUGAAUGUAAUAAUAUGGAUAUGAAAGAAAUUAAAGGACUUACACAACGUUUAUCAGCAUUAGAACAAUUUAUACGUACUGCUAAAAAAAAUUUCGAAAAACAAGGUAUCCUAACGGAAGGUUUUAAACAAAAUCAAUCCCGAAUUUCGGAUCUACAAGAUCCAACAAUAUUACCAGAUUUAUGUCAAAAUCAUUCUGAACAACUACAAACAAUGUUAAAUAAUCAUUUAGAAUUAAUUGAUUUAGAACAUAAAUUUCGUGAUGCAAAAUUUGAAUUAUCAAGAAAUUUAAAUCAACGUUUACGUUGGAUAAUACAUGUACAGGAACAAUUAAAACAUGUUGAUGAAAUGGUUGUUGUCAUUGGAAUUAAAUUGCAAAAAUUACGUACAAAUUUAGAAAUUAUACAACGUUUACAUCAAAGUCCAAAAAUUUAUUUGGAUUCCAUACAAGAAGUUUUACGACGGAAAAUGUUUACGAAAAUAUUUUAUGAUUGGGCGGAAAAAAUAUCCCGACAAGCUAAAAAUCUAAUCGAACAAGAACAAUUAUUACGACAAAAAUUUACUGAAAAAAUUGAUAAUCAUUUUUUACGUUGUUUUUUCCCUGGUAUGAAUGAUUUACCUGAACAAUUUUUCAAUGAACCAAUACGUAUUGAUCAAUUAUUACCUAAUAUUACUGUGGAUGAUUUGGAAUAUUUACGAAAAAAAUUACCCGAAAUGUUUACUGAUGAAUUGAUGGUGGUUAUGCCUUUUAAUGUGCCUUUUGAUUUGAAUAAUGAUGAAAUGAUCAAUGUUGUUGAUGAGAAAUCAUCACAAUCUGAAUCAACAAUCGAUCAUCAGGAUAUCGGUAUAAUGACUGAAUUAUCAUUGAAUAAUAUUGAUCGAUUAGAAAUGAAUGCAAUGAAUCUGGAAAAAGAUUUACGAAAAAAAAUGGAAAUGAUUGAAAAUAUUCGUAUGAAUUGCGAAACAAUUGAAACGAAAAAUGAAAAUCAAAAAAUUUUAUUGAAAAGAUUUCGAUUAUUAUGUGAUGAUUUGAUGGAAUUUUAUCGUUUGAAUUCAACAACAACAACGGAUUUAAAACAGCAAUUAUCAUCAUAUGGUAGGAAUUUUUUCAAAGAAAUUAAUCAUUUAAAUGAAUAUUUGAAUGAAAUUAUCAAUGAAAUGAAUCAACUACAAACACGUUCUUCACAACAACAACAAACGAUAACUGAAUUAACCGAUAAAAAUGCAAAUCUUGAAAAUCAAAUAAAACUAAAAAAUUCUCAGAUAAAAUCAUUGGAACAAAAAUUAUCAGAAGAAAGAAUAAAACUUUUCAAUCAUUUUCAGCUAUCAUAUAAGGAUUUAAAUUUAAAUUAUCAAAAUUAUCAUAAAGAAAUUGAAAAUUUAUUUACUGGAUUAAAUGAAGAUUUAUGUUCGAUUCAAGAAACAAUAUCAACAUUGGAACAAAAACAUCAAACAAAUAUUGAAUCAAUUCGUCAAAAUAUUUCUGUGGAAAAAGAUCGUCUUCGUGAACAAUUAUUAUUUGAUCAUAAAAAUGAAUUAGAAUCAUUACGGCAACGUUUUAAAUUGGCAAUAUCAACAACAUCGAUUGAACGUACAGCAUCGGAAACAAGUUUAGAAAAAGUACAAUUAGAUAUUGUUGAUCAAUCAGCACAGGAAAAAGAAAUACAAAAAUUAAAAUCAAUGUUGAUUGAACAACGAAAUGAAUAUGAACAAACAAUACAAACAUUACGAAAUGAUCAUGAAAAAUCUGUUCAAACAUUACGUUUGGAAAUGGAUAAACAGCAAACAUUACGGGAAAAUAUUGUUCGGAAAAAAUCAAUAAACAAUGAAUUUGAAAUGAAUUUAGAUUUUUUAAUGCAAAAAAUGUCAUUAUAUGAAUCAUUUUUAUCACGUUUGAAUUCUCGAAUUGGUCAGAAUUCUUCCACGACUAUUUCUACUUCGGUCGACACCAAUGUUGAAAUGAAAAAUGAAAAAUCUGAUGAUGAAAUUAAUUUCGUAAAAGAAUUGGCCAAAGAUUUUAAUGAAUUUAAUCGUAAUGUUGAGCUAUUAAAUUCACGUUCAUUUAUAUCGAUACCGACGACACCAGAUAGCCCAAAAUUGACAACAAAAUUAGCACAACAUCUGAAUGUUGUUAAUAUUGAUCCAAAUAUUGAUGAUAAAGUUACUGCAAACAGUUGUGAAAUUGGCGAUACUGUUCUAGUUUAUUAUGAGAAAAAAUAUGAAAAUUUUAUCGUAUAUACAUCAUUAUCGAAUUUACAUUAUAUACAUUCAGAUUCAUUCAAAGAAUUUGAUUUAACUAAAGAUCCAAUUACAAAUGAAUAUGAUUGGAUUAUAGCCAAAGUAACUGAAAAAGAAUAUUGCCAGAUAAAAAAGGAAGAAAAUCGUUAUAAAUUACCUGUGAAUACAAAAUUUUUUCGUGUUAAAAUUCAACCAAUAUCCAAAUUUCCAUCAAAUCAAGAAAAAUUCAAACAAUUAGCACAAAUGAAUCGUUUAUCAUCAUCAUCAUUAAUUUCACAUCCAAAUAAUAUUAAUAUGCCAACAUCAACAUCAUCAUUAUUAUCAUCAUCAUCGACAUCGACAAUAACGAAUCGAAAUAUUUUAUCCAAUUUUAUAUCAUUAUUUGCCAGUAGUAGCAGUAGCAGUAGCAAUACUGUUGUUGGUAUUGGUGGUAGUAAUUCAAUGAUAGAUAUUUCAUCACAGUCAUCAUUAACAACAAUACCAUCAUCAUCAUCAUCAUCAACAAUUUCAAAUUUGGACCAUACAAAAUGAUUAAAUUGAAUGGAGAUUUUCUCAAAUUGAUUCGAAUACGUUUGAAUGUUUGUUUGCGCACAAAUAUUCUUUCCAUGAA